GAAAAAAUGAAACCAAAAUGGCCGCGAAUACCAGCUUUUGUAAAUUAAAAUACAAGUAGAACGCUUUUGCAAAAUUAAAACGAGAAAAGGCUUUUGUUUGGAGGAAAGCGAGGUUUCUAGCUGUUUUAUAACUAGCAGCAACCUCGCAGGAUUUCCAGGUAACCGCAUAAUAUAAUAUUUUUUUUAACAACGGAAUAUUAAUUUAUGGGCUUGUGGCUUAUAAAUCAUGUUAUUGUGUUUUAACAACGUUUCAGCGUUUGUAAUUUUUGUGUUCACAGAAGUUUGAAAACAAUGAACUGUCCACAUCUUGCAUCUACAAGAAAAAUUAGCGAGAAAGACAUGAGUCAUAGACAACAGGUUGGUUUUGUUUCGAAUGAAAGAGUUUUAAUUGUUUUCACCAAAAGGAACGAUGCUAGAGACAGACAAGUCAUUGUGAUGUAUUACUAUCGUCUGUCUAGGGGAGGUGGGGGAGGGGUGUCUAUUUUCCUGUUCAUGCCCAGAGUGCAUUCUAAGUGCAAUGUACGCCAAAAAUCUUCGGCGUGAGUGCAACACAUUACAAUACUAUCUAUAGUUAAUAUUGGCAUAUCUUCGGCAUAGAGUUUGCAUGGAAUGCACCCUGGGUUCAUGCGAGGCCAGCUAACCAGGUAACAUGCCUGAGUGAGACCUGCAUGCCAUUUGUUAACGCAUACAGCUAAUAAUUCAGUUAAGGUUGUCCAGAGAACACCGCACAACCUUGACGGUACCAAAAAGCAACACGGCUUGUAGAACGUCACAACUGUGUGACUACGGAGUGUUCGGACUAUCAGUUACAUAUACUGUAUGGCUCAGGGCCUCUUUUAACAUAUAGAGGGGGGGACAUGUCCCCCAGCGCUCUUACAGUCAGCAAUUGUGUCCCUCCCCCCAGUGAGGUCCUUAAGAACUACCUGCAGUAGGUGGUCAACCAGCAAUUAUAUAUCAAAGUGAGAAAUUAAAAUGAUGUUCGGUUGUUAACAUUUCAGAAUUUGACCAUCAUCUGCAUGCCCGAAACUAGCUAUGAGUCGGCCCAGUCAGCCGACUCGGUAGGAAUUUGGGGACUGAAAUUUAAACAUCACCAGAAACCUAAACCAUGGCUGAAAUAAUUUGCUCGUAGGAAAAGGCAUGAAAUGGCAUUAUUUUAGGACGAAAUUCUCCGGGUUAACAUCCAAUUUCCUCCAUGGGGGAGUUGUGGAUGUUUUCUGGAAUGACCCAUUCCAUCUCAUAUUGAUUCUAGUGCGAUGAAUGCAGAGACAAAGUAGCCGAGGUCUGGAUGUGUAUGCAGGUAAGGAUAGUAAAUAGCAAAGGUUUGUCAAAAAAAUGUUGUCCCACAAUCAUGAACUUCUUGAGGGAAAAGAAUCAAUGUUUAUCCCAUUGAGCACAGGCGCUCUCCCUUUGACGAGUAAAAUCAUAAAGUAGGGCGCAUCAGGGUGCAAUGCAACUCAAUGGGUUAACUGGACACAUGGGCAGAUAGUCUCACAUUAAUCCAUUGGGCGCUAGCACAAUUGACGAAUAAAACCAUCUGGUGUUAGACAGAGUAAAAUCUUAAAGUAGGGCGCAUUGGCGUGUAAUGCAACUUAAUGGGUUGUAAAAUAAUGAACUGUUGACAAAUAGAUUUUAUCCAUCUUUGUGGACUUGUUCCUCGAAGAGGGAAGGGGGUAACGGUUACCUCAGAUUCUGGAAUUAGCGAUCUAAUAAUCUGUGAUAGGGCUGGGAGGGGGGGGGGAAGGAACAAAGCAAUCAUAGAACAAGUGGGUUGAAAUGUAUGUGUCAAUGAAAGCAUGAUAACUGUCUUUGGCACUAUUGACACUAGCUAGGGUGUGCAUGUAAAAAUGACUAUACUGUAGGUUUGCAUUGGUGAUUGUUUUAAUUAUUUCAUUUCAGAGAUGUUGUUCAUUUGUGGGAUGUGGAAAACAUUCAAAGAACCACAUAGAGAGUCACCACCAGGUUUUUUUCACUACAUAUAGCUUCAAAAUUUAAUGCAGGCCGUUCAAAUAUGCCUAAUGUUCUGGGAUGUGUUUAUAGACCAAGUGUGAAGUUGAGUUGUAUCAAUUUUAAAUUUAACCCCUUCAGUGGCAGCAGUGCAGCACUCUCCCCCUGACGAGUAAAAUCAUCUGGCGGUAGACAGAGUCAAAUAAUAAAAUAGGGCGCAGCUGGGCGCAUUGCCACUUAAAGGGUUAAACUAUUUGCAAAGGUGUUUAAUCUUGGCAAUCUGGUGGAAAACCUAAUGUUACCUCCUUGCCAUAAGCGCUGAGCAGUUAUUUUUACCCAUUUUUCUAAGAGUUUAAUAUAAUAUAGGAGGUGCUUCCUCUAGCCCUUCCUCAACCCCCACCUCCACUAGAUAUUGUCACCUAUUAUUUACUUCUUGUAUUUUAUGCCUAUAGAAAACAGACCAUGCAAUAUAUGUGUGUAAAAAUGACAAACAAGUAUGGUGUUUUGGCUGUGGUCGUAAAUUGGAUGAGGUACAACUGGCGUUUUCUCAGGAUAUUGAGGAGUAUCAGGAGAUGGAAGAGGAACAUGAUAGUGAUGAUGAUACCAUGGAUAUGGUGAGACUGCAUGUUGGUAGAAAAUGAAAACAUUAGCAACAAACAUGUCAAGUUUGGGCAGCUUUAGUUUCACAGACUGUGUCUCAUUGCUGUGUUUUUCUGGUCCAGCUAGAAAUUUAGAUAUUUUCAAUUAUUUCUUAUAACCCACAGUGGCUAACUCAUAUAUCUGACUAUAUAUUACAUUGCAGUGCUUUACUCAUAAUCAUUCCUGUUCCCAUGUACUGUACAUAAUUUUACAUAUUGACAUUUUGACUGUACACUAGGCAUAAAAAAAUACCUGUGGUUCCAGUUUGAUAUCGUGAAAGAAUUAGGGUCGGUAGGUCGGAAAUAAUUUUUUUUUUAAAUAUUUUUUUCAUGGUUUUGGCAUUUUUUUGCUGAGCGAUUUGCAGUAGAGUCCCGACAUCAAUACUAGAGAUGCGUAUUUCCUUUUGACAAAUUUAGGCAAUUUGGUUCAAUAAUUAGUGUGACAACAGACACCAUUUUGGCACGCUGUAUGAGCAGCCCGCAACCACCCAGAGAAAAUAGGGUCGCACGGUCAAUCGCAUUGAAAAAACAAUAGGGUUGGCAGAAAAAAAUAGGGUCGGUCGGGAACCAGAACCACAGGUAUUUUUUUACGCCCUAGUAUACAGAGUUGCAGGCUUAGAGCAAGGCUACUGCACCCCCAGUUUUAAGGUAAUUCCGCAGUAAUUGUUCCCGAAAUGAGAAUGUGCUGAAACUUCCCAGGCAUGGAGUUUAUGAUAUACUUAAAGUAAAGUCACACAUAUCUUUACAUAUCUUUCUUUGAGAACACGCAUUGAUAAAGCAUUUUUUUUCAAGAUCCAGAAAUGAUUUUUCUUUUAAUUUCGGAUAUGAAAUGUAAAAUGCAUUAAAGAAAUAAAUUAUCAGUUAAAAAACGGGGGUCACCGAUCUUUUUAGGGAAUUGUGGCAUUAAAACGUGAAAUACAAGUAAAUAAAUAUACUACAGACACAGGGAACCCUAGCUACACUUUUGUAUGCCUUUUUUGAAAACAUUGAUUUUAACGUAAUUCUUUGCACGAAUGUAACCAAAGAUGUUUUGAAGUAACAUAAAAUUGUCAUAAAAUGAUAUUUUUUUAAAUUGUACGUAUAAUGGAUGGAAUUAUAAGUUAUAAGAUGUGCGCAGUACUAAGUGCGCAAUGCAAAACUGCGGAAUUACCUUGAGCUCAAUACACAUGUUUUUGUUACUGUUCUCUUAAAAGGAAGAAGAAGAAGCAGCGAUGAUAGACAAGGAUUAUUUUGAUGGUUUUGAAAAGGGGAUGAAACCCAGAGGUGAGAUCUUGUGUUGGAAUACUGCAGCCUGCAAGUUGUUAAUAUCAGGCAUUUAUUUAGCCAGGCACCAUUCCAACUAUCGUAUGCACAGCAUUAGAGAUACCGACAACGAACAACGGGUACGAAGCACUGUUGAAAGCUUGUUUUCACAUUGCUUUAACAGAGGCAGACAAAAUUUACCUUGGCUAUACAGCGUAAAAAUCACAUUCUUGUGUUGUAAAACAGAAUCAAGAACAUAGCACCGAAACUGACUACGCCACGUUGCAGGUUGGAGAGUAUUUUAAUAAAGACAUGAUGAAAAUUAAAAGAUGAAACUUAACGAACACAAAGCCAUGCACAUAAAACAUAUUUUGGAUAAAUUUGUUAUGACAAGCAUUUAGUAUUUGCAUUAAUUGCAUACAUAUAACAAAAACUAUUUCAAACGUAGUUGGUAGUUCGUCGUCAAGAUCUUAAACUCCCUAAUUUUAAAUUUAGAUGGUCAGUUUUGACACCCUGGUUAAAAGCUACAGUAUAAGGGCCUAUAGCAGGAAAUGGAAAGACAAUUAUUUUUAAUUUUAAGGUUUGACUGGCUUGACAAACAUUGGCAAUACUUGUUAUAUGAAUUCCGCUCUACAGGCAUUGUCAAAUAGGUGAGUCACUGCUAAUAGGUUAGUCACAGCCUCGUCCCCGGUGCUUUGAUGUUGCGUGACGCGCGCGCGGGAGGACACGCGGUAAGCUACGCAACUCAAUUCCCGCGCGUGCGUCACGCAACCGCUUAGCACAUCAAAGCGCCUGGGACAAGGCUGGGUUAGUCAUAUAUCCUUGGACUGAAAUAAACCAGACAAAAUUAGCUUAUUAACUUUAUGUAUACUGGAAUGGUCUAUCAUUUCUAAAAUGUUCUCUCCAGAAGUUAGUUGAGGGCCGAGAUUGUACUGUUACUACAUGACGGAAUCUUCUCACAUGAGUCAAAAUUGUAAUGAUAAAAACCUGAGUAUUUGAGGAAUUGACUGCUGCAGUCCCAGUGGUGAAACGAAUAUUACAUUUUAUUUCUAGUCCAUCCUUGAUGCAGUUCUUUCUGGAUUGUCCUGGUUAUGUGAAAUACCAGCCACAAGCAAACAUUUCUGAACAGUAUCGCACUCUUGUUACCGAAAUGUGGUCGAAGAAAAGGUGUGGAAAAUCUUGGAAGAUUAUUUUAAAAGAUGCACUGUAGUUUCACUAAGCAUUAUCCUGCAGCAGAUGAAGGAGCCUUGUUGCAAAGCUAGUCAUACCAGCUUUUGCACAAGGAAAAUUUAUUCGUGUGUAUGGCUUUACAGUCAUAUUAUAUAAAAAAUACACAUAUACAGCUAUGAUUGAAUGAUUGGACAACGGAACUAGAAUCCCGUACUAAGUCCAUCCAGCUAGCACUAAAACACGACAUAUUACGGACUGCAAACUGGAUAACGUAAUACUGAUUUUACAGGCCUUUACACUAUAUAAAACAUGCAAGAAUAAAUACUACACUACUGUGGAAUUAUUUGCGAGGUUUAGAUUUCAUCAUCACCAUCAUCACUACUAGUGCUUGACAAGUGUCCAAGAAAUACUUCUAUUACGGGAACCACGGAGUAUUUUGAUAAAAUACAAAACAAUAGAUACUCCGAAGAUUGAAAGCAUUUUGAAAAUUUAUUUCAACGUUUCGACUAAACUAUAUAGUCAUCAUCAGGAAAUGAAUGAUAAUUAUUCAUUCAUUUCCUGGUGAUGACUACCUUGACGUGAGAUAAAUGUUUAAUAUCAUUCCCUGCACAUACGAACAAUAAAACUUGUCAAGGGAAACUUGCUCAUCUGUAUGGGGCUUUAUUAUAGCACACGAAUAGUUAAAAUUUGAUUCAUUGAAUUUGUAGGCCAAAGUAUGUGACACCAUCAGAGUUCCUGACAUGUUUUCAAAAAUUGAACCCACAAUUCCGUGGUUAUAGACAACAGGUAUGUAGUUAAAGCAGUAUCAAACUUCAAAUUACUGUACAUUGUACACUAGUAAGUACCAGUCUACAAUACGUAUACUAAAUUUACAUGAUCCAGCGAGAGACACUUACAAAGGGAAACUUGUCAAGAACCUAUGAGAAAAGUCAGGGACGCCGGAACUGGGGGGGGGGCGGCUGCCCCUCUUGCCUUUUGCUAGGGGGGCAGGGGGGGCAGAAGUGCCCUUUUAGUUGUAAAAUAGUACGUGAUAAAUCAAAUUUCCAGUGAUGCUUUUUCGGGGAAAAUCAUGAGAUUCAGGUAAUUUAUAGGCCCAGAGAAAGUUGAUUUACAAAAAUAAUUGUGAAUUUGGAAAAGAAUGAGGUUAAUUUAGAUUUUAGAAAAAUAUUUUGGAUAAAUGGGAAAAAUUACUGAUAUGCGGAAAAUUUUUUUUACGUCACGGAAAAUUUUGGUAUGUCCGGAAAAAUUUUUGACCCCUAAAAUGGUACACCGACCGAAUUUUUUUUUUGGGGGGGGAGGAGGUCGCCCAAGAAAUUUCCAUGUAAAAAAAAUAAAUUUCAGGUAGAUUUUGAACUUUUGAUCUAUAGAGGUGCCCUUGGUGUGCGUCUGCCCCGCCCCCCUUUGCCUUUUUAUCAUUCCGGCGUCCCUGAGAAAAGUGAAGGCAAGAUUGCGGCCAUUGACGUCCAAUUCGUAAACAGUUUUAAUACCAUUUUUGCCAGCGAACUCCACUAAGGUACAUCUUAAUUCCCUCUUUUUCAAGGACACUCAGGAGUUUUUGCGAGUACUGAUGGAUUUCUUGCAUGAAGAACUUAAAGAACCAGUUCCUCCAGCACUAAACAGGCAAGAGACACCGCCAAGAAAACCUGAGAACAGGACUUCAACGAGAUCUAAACGAUUACUGGGAGGACAGACCGUAGCAGACACACAGAAUGGAGAGUUGACGCAAAGUAAUUUAUCUUUAACAGAUUUGUUUUCUAAUUUAUCUUUAACAGAUUUGUUUUCUUAUAUGAGCCCGCUUGUCCUAGUCCCAGGAAAUUUGGACUCCUUAAAGACCAUGUAAAGUCCGUUCGCGCGUACGUUCUGCGCAGGCUUACAUUCCAAUUUUCGGGACCCGACCGUUGGAAUGUUAUUAAUAUUUCGUAUCUUUUGAACUUUCUUGAAUUGAAUCUCUAGUCUAUAUUCAUUUACAAGAAUAGCGAACCAGAAGAGUGUUAAAAAUUCAGUAUAAUAUAUAUCUAAUCAUAUUUUACAACUGUAGUACUGAGUUCAAAUGUAAACAAAGCGUUUGUUUACAUUACGGACUUUACAUGGUCUUUAAAUUUGCCCCCGGACCAUAUUUCCUAGGAACUCCUUCCCCCCUCCCGCUCCCUAAGGGAACAUAUCUUCUGAUCUCUUCAUUUUGUAAUGUCUCUGACAAGAAUGUGUUUUUCCCCCGAAAACAAAUCAAUUAUAUUUAUGUUGUCUCCCUCGCAGCCUUUUCGCGGGCGUUAGAUUGUUUCCCGCGAACAGGCUGCAAAGGAGACCAACCUACGAGGAACUAAUUAAAUUUCAGAUCGUUUGAGAAAAUCGAGAGCAAAUCGCUACAAUCUCCGAAGCUUUUCCUGCCGCAAAGCCGAGGCCUUAAAAUCCAACUCGCAGAAGCAGACUUCGAAUAAACGAGUCGAAGAAAAUGGUGACGCCACCGAUAACACGUUUCUAAGCAACAGCCGCAGUUGUCCCGAGCUACGCGAGGAGAUGACGUCUACGGCCACAGGGGACCCAGGUGUCGAGCCUAAAGAACCGGCACUUUCAAUAGGCUUUGUCAAUAUGGCUUCAGAUAAUUUCGAAAUGGAUGAAAGUGGUGGGGAGGGGAGUUCAAGCUAUGAGAGGUCGAUUUCAGAUUCAGAAAUUGAUUAUUAUGACCUGGGGGAGUGUAGUGGCGAACAGAGCUCAGGUAGGUGGUACUUGAGAUGUCUAUUGAGUGUUUUUCACAAUGCAGGGACCUCCUACCAACAGGGCCGCAGAGAGAGGGGGGGGGGCAGGGGAGGCAAAUUGCCCCGGGCCCCAAGGUGCUGGGGGCCCCUGAAAAUUUUUUGUUGGGUCCCAGUCUUUUUUGUGUGUUAAAUAUUUCCGCGCAAAGGACAAGAUAUCUGUUUUUUUGGGCCAAGUACCAAAAUUUGGGGGGGGGGGGGUAGGUUGUUCUCCGAAAAAAAUUUUUUUAGAUAGACCCCCCCCAAAAAAAAUUUGCCCCGGGCCCCCGCCAACCUCUCGGCGGCCCUGCCUACCAACAGAUUUCUUCACAAUACAGGGGUAUAACCCCUCGCCCAACCUCGUAUUCAGGGUCUUCCCUCUUGGGGAGAAAAGACCCUGGUAGAUGCUGGUAACGUGAUCUGCUAAAAUCUAGCAGAUUUCUAAUUAACUAUCUUGGAUUCCUGUAUGACAAUCAUACAAAAUGCAAAUUAUAAAUCAAACUAUAAAGAUUACCCAAAUAUCAAAUAUUUAUUGACCUCAUCUUGGUUUGCUAAUUAAAAAUCUGCUAGAGUUUAGUAGAUCAUGUGACCAGCGUAACAGGAAAGACCCCAAGUACGAGGUUGCCCCCAUUGAACUAUAAAUAAACUGGAAGGCUAACUCAGAGGAGGGGGGAAUUGAAGCCAGUGCAUUUUAGUUUUUCUGAGUUAUGAGCAGAAAUACGCAACACUGAACGUUGGGCUAUAUAUGAAAUUGAAGCUAUUGAAAACGCUAUUUGGUGUAGAAAUUUCAAGACUUUAGCUAAAAGGGAAAUAUUGAAAAACUACAAAAAUAAUUGCCGAUAAUUUGCCAUUUUGCAGUUGUUUUUGUAUUUUUUAAAUAUUUUUCUUUUCGCUGAAGUCUUGAAAUUUCCACACCGAAUAGCAAUUUUCAAUAGCUUUAAUUUGAUAUAUAGCCCAACGUUUGGGAUCAAGUAUUUCUGCUCAUAACUCAGAAAAACUCAUUUCUGGCUUCAUCAAAUCAUAGGCCUUCAUCAUAGCAGUUAGCCUUCCAGUUUACUUAUAGUUCAAUGGUUGCCCCUCACCCUCCUCAGGAAAUUCGGUGUCUCUAAAAAGGCCGAUUUAUACUACACAGACAGUCGCAUGCAACCUGCUUACAACUUUUUUCUGUGUUGAAAAAAUCAUGAUCACUAGAUUGCAUUGAUAUCGAAGGAACUAGACUCAGUUCCGAAAUGGAUAUACAUUCAGAGUAACAUCACAAACAUCAUAUUCACCUGAGUACAUAACACCAACACAGAAAAAAAUCAUAUUCUGAUAACUCGGAAGAUUAUAGUCGGAUAUACAUAUACAGUGCCCUUUGAUCACGGUCAAAAUUAUGUUUAGCACCUAGUUUUGGCGCCAAAACUGGCACACUGGCAUCUCAGCCUCGUGCAUGACAUUUUUAUUUUAUUUUUUGAAGGUCGAAAACCACCAGCAGUAGAAUAUUCAAGUAUAAUAUCAGAUUUAUUUAACGGGAAGAUACGAAGUUCCGUGCAGUGUCUGACCUGUAAAAAGGUAUAAACUAAUGCAUCUCAGAAACCUAAUGUUACCUAAACACGUGGACUAACCCAUUGAGCGCUAGCGCUCUCCUUUUGACGAGUAAAAUCGUCUGGGGUUAGACAGAGUAAAAUAAUAAAGUAGGGCGCGUUAAGGCCGGACGCGAUUCGGCAACGCGACGCGAAUUUUCAGUUUUCAAAAACAAAUAAAACCGUCAACGGAUAAAAAUUUUACAAGAUAUGCAGGCCAAAUAGCUAAAAUUGCUUAAGUGGUUCCGAAUAUUUGAAAAACAUAGAAAAAUAGUAAAGUUAAAUGUCAUUGAAAUUUGAAAAUUCUCGUCGCGAUGACGAAUCGCGUCCGGUCCGUAUGGACCUUUAGAGUGCAAUGGACCUUAUCUUCUCCAUGAGGCAAAAAUUGCUGAAUCCUUAAGCUCUUUCAAAUCGAUAUUAAAACAAAGAAUGAGUUGAAACUUGCUCGUGUAUGAUCGUGCGUUAAAAGUCGUUGUAUUUUCUUGUUCCCUUCCUGCAAUCUAGUCUUAUUUUAUAUUUUUUCAUAUUUCUUUGUUUUUUUUUGUAAAUAGACUCGCUUAAUUCUAUAUUUCACGCCCCUCAUGGAAAUCAGCCGCCUAACGGUUGUUGAGGCUAGCGUGGUUAGAUAAAGUGUACAUGUAUUAUGUAUAUGUAUAUAUGUAUAUGUAUAUGUAUGGGUUAAUGUAUGGUGGAUUUUUGUUUUAGAUAUCGUCCACAAUGGAAACGUUUCAAGAUUUAUCUUUACCGAUACCAGGUAUGGAAAUAAUGCAAUAUGAAAGUCUUUGCUUCGGUGGCGCAAUGGUCAGAACAAGAGCCUUCCACCUCUGAGUACUUUGUGAAAACGCUCUACCGAAAGUCGUGGGUUUAUUCCGGGUACUCCGGUUUCCUCGCACAGGGAAUGUUGACAGGGUGGGUUGGGAUUAACCCCUAACUGACCCUUUCAUUGUAGCUGUGCUUUGCGGGGGGAAAAAAAGCGUCAUAAGGUGGCUGCCAGAGGGGCCCUCAGUAAGCCUUCGACUCGAUUAGGUUGAGCUGCGUCCUUUAUAAUUCAACUUAGCUCUCAGUUGCAAGUGAGGGUGGUUAGUGCACCUGCAUUUAGACUAAUGGUAGAGCUAUCGGCCAAUAUAAAUAAAAACUAGUGUAGUUUUCUUCAGUUUUUUUGUUACAAUGGUUCGUUCAAUUUUUGUUUCAGGGAAAGAAGAACUGUCAGCCAUACACUCGUCAACACAAUGUAAUCCCAUCAUGUCGUAUUCAUCAACAGCGAGUCACAGAGGAUUCUUCGGGACUAUUUAUGACUGGGUUUCCAGGUACUGUAAUUACUUCAGCAUUCUAGUGUUAGUGUCACACACCUCAAGGAAAUGCUAUUGUGCAUUUAUGCAUAAUGUCUGUUGUUUGUUCUUCUAUAUUUAGCUGGAUAUUUGGUCCACGUGUUUUGUUUGAAGAUUGUUUGGCUGCGUUCUUUUCAGCGGACGAACUUAAAGGUACUGCAUGUACACAGUCGCUCAUUUGGGUACACACAUAAAAACGCACAAGUUGUAACAAACCUGCAGUAGACCUGUAGCAAUGUUGUUGCAACAACUUAUCAACAGGAUGUAUUCGCACAACAGUUCCCAGCUUGUUGACAAGUUGUCAACGGCUUGUUGGCAACUUGCUACAAGAUUGUUGAGCUCAGCAGACUUGUUACAAGUUGUUCCAAUGACUUGUUAUCGUCCUGGAAUUCAACAAUUUGUCAACAAGUUGUGAGUGACAACCUUGUAGCAACUUGAUAAAAUGACGACAUUGUUACAACUUGUUGACAAGCUUGCUACAAGCCUGCUGCGAACGCAUCUUGUUGACAAGUUGUGAGUGACAACCUUGUAGCAACUUGAUAAAGUGACGACGUUGUUACAACUUGUUGACAAGCUUGCUACAAGCCUGCUGCGAACGCAUCUUGUUGACAAGUUGUGAGUGACAACCUUGUAGCAACAAUGAUAAAAAUAACAGCAUUGUUACAACUUGUUAAGAAGCUUGCUACAAGCCUGUUGCGAACACAUCUUGUUGACAAGUUGUGAGAUUUUUUCGUUUGUAAGGAUAAACUCAAACAAAAACCCCUUAGGUUGUAUUAUUCCGUUUCUUUAUAGGCGACAAUAUGUACCGCUGUGAACAUUGCUCGAUGUAAGUCUUAUACGUAUAGUAUGUCAUGUUGCACACUAUCUUUAAGUACAGUGCCAAGUUGAUGAGAUUACGUAGAAAAGUUGAUUUAUGCGAAAGUAAUUCAACACGCAGAUUCAUCUACGCAGUAAUUAGAAUUAACAUUAGAACUGUCAAAAACUCUAUUUAUUCAAAAGGAGUGAUACUCGUCCCCUUUCAGGCUUUCGUAAUAUAUCGAUAGGUUUCAAUCAAACAGUUAAGCUCGAACAUUUACGAGACGUAAACUUUUGAAUACGCUACCCCUCUGUUUGUUGGUUAUCACUGGGAUUACCAUAUUUCAAAAAAAGGUUAAUAAUGAAAUCUUUUAUUUUGCUUGUCUAGGUUGAGAAACGGAAUGAAGGAAUGUAGAAUAUAUAAACUGCCUGAGGUAAUGUUGGUUUGGUGGGUUGGGUUGUGUUUGUUUGUUUGUUUGUUUGUUUGUUUGUUUGUUUGUUUGUUUGUUUGUUUGUUUGUUUGUUUGUUUGUUUGUUUGUUUGUUUGUUUGUUUGUUUGUUUGUUUGUUUGUUUGUUUGUUUGUUUGUUUGUUUGUUUGUUUGUUUGUUUGUUUGUUUGUUGUUUGUUUGUUUGUUUGUUUUUGUUUGUUUGUUUGUUUGUUUGUUUGUUUGUUUGUUUGUUUGUUUGUUUGUUUGUUUGUUUGUUUGUUUGUUUGUUUGUUUGUUUGUUUGUUUGUUUGUUUGUUUGUUUGUUUGUUUGUUUGUUUGUUUGUUUGUUUUGAACAAUGAAUGCUUAUGUUUUUUAGAUGUUGUGUAUUCAUCUGAAACGGUUCCGACAUGAGUACUAUCAUUCUUCGAAAAUAAGCAGCUUUAUCUCCUUUCCACUGGAAGCACUCGACGUGCGGAAAUAUUUGACAAAAGGCACGUUACAUAUUUGUAUAUGAUAUUUGUUUGAGCAAAAUGACGUUUUCAGUUGCCUCAGUGGUUACUGCGUGUUCCUAUCACCUCCCUGACCCGGCUUCAAUUCCUGUUAAUAUCUCGAUAGAUCCUAUCACCUCCCUGACCCGGCUCCAAUUCCUGUUAAUAUCUCGAUAGAACUAACAGUUGAAGGGUUCCGGCGCAGCGCUCUAACCAUCUGAGCUACAAAGCCCAGUUGUAACCAUAGAUAUCUAAUAUGCACUAGAUAGCGCAUCUCUUUUAGUAAAAUUGAAGCCAAGAAUACCCCCAUUUGAAUAGAUGGCGGUUACCCCCAUUUGAAUAGAUGGCAGCCAUGUUGGUAUUUCCCACUCGCUAAUAAACGCUUAAAAAACAACAAUAACUUUCAUCAUUUGAAUAGUUUGAAAAUGUAUUUGGAAUAGGUUUAACUUAAUGUUUAAGUUCCCUGUUUAAGAAAUAGAAAACAUACGAAUCUUCUCAUUUCAUGGGAAUAUCCUGACUCUGCAAUCACGGCUUCAAUUUUUGAAUUGCAGAAUAAUUAGAUGCACUAUCUAGUAUAUAUACUGUAAGAUAUCUGAUAAAGUUAGUCUAGUUUUAAUCUAGCAAAUCGUUUUGUAGAUUUUUCCGCCAAAUGUACGAAGUACGAUCUAGUGGCUAUUAUCACGCAUCAUGGAAGUGUCGGAGGUAUGGAAUCAUAAUUUAGAGAUUCGCCGGAAACAAUAUUUUAAGUUCGGCCGGAUCCGGAAAUAAAUCGGACCGGAACUGAGCUCAUCAAAUUAAACUUUUUAUAGUUAUAUGUAACUUUGUCCACUGUCAACCUUAAAAAAAGUUGGAAUAUAUGUCUAGGGUAGUAGGUUUAUGUGAUUGAAAUGAUGGCGGUAAUGCAAUCUGUUCAAUUAUCUGAUCGAUAUGUGAGUGAACUUUUUAAUAUUUUCCUAAUGAUGACAAGACAAGACUUCCGGUUCCGGCCAUGAUUUUUCGUCGGUUCCGGCCAGAACCGGAAGCAUAACAAGUAAUAUACGGUUCCGGCCGGACGUAACUGAGUAUCGAUGCACUAGAAUCAUUGGUUUAUGAUCAAGACCAUCGUUUCUAUUUAAGAAGGGGUUUACGUAUUUUCUAGGUGGGCAUUAUGUUGCGUACUGCAAGAAUUUCGUCACAGGAAAGUGGUAUGAAUUCAACGACUCGUACGUCUCUGAAGGUAAUGUACUCAUUGUUCCUAAUCAUCCUAAAGGUAAAGUAAUACGAGCAACAAAAUUGCAGCAACUUGCAAUAAAAUCUUAUUUCAACGCAUGUUAAUUGAAAUGUUCACACUCAAGUUGCAACACCCGAGACAAGAUUAGUACAAAUUUCCAAUUAACAUGCGUUGAAAUCAUAUUUUAUUGCAAGUUGCUGCAACUUUGUUGCUCGUAUUAGUUUACCUUAAACAAACAAGGAAACAUCCUGGGAAAACUAUUCUACACUCAGUUGAUGUAGUGCCGUCACACCGAAGACUAAUCGGAGAAAUUAGGGUUGGGGUCAGGGUUAGUUUCAGAAGCCCGAUAUGACGCAACCUCGUACCCAGGCUCUCUCCUCUAUGCUCCUACUUCGCGUAGGGGGAAGAGCAUGGGGACGAGGUUGGGUGUGACGUCACUACAUCAACGGAGUGCAGAGUUUUCGCGAAACAUUUCUCUGUGGAAACGUCUGAAAAUCGUAUUUAAAUAUGUUUUGUGUUAUUGUAGUAUCGGCAAGCUAUGUGCAAAGCUGCGAAGCCUAUGUAUUGUUUUACAGGUUGAGUAAACUUAUCUGUUAUAGCCUGUUAUUCAUUUCCUCUCUCACAUACCUCGUUAUAUUAUAAAAUCAUUGACAUCACCAAGUGAUUGGUUUGAACCAGCCGUCUAUUGUUGUUGCCUUAACUGUGUUAAUAGGGAGGUUCAGAUUUCACAUCCACUACCGCUGCCAUUAAGGAACCAUUAACCAAUCAGUUGCGUUUGAUAUAUCUGAUUAACCAAUCAGAUGCGUUUGAUAUAUCCGAUUAUAAUAUAGCAUUUGUAAAUUCUGAACGUUGAUUGGCUAAGAGCCGUGUUGAUAUAACUCAAUGUCAACACGGGAAAAUUUCCGCCGCUUCUAAACACGGAAAUUUUUCUUAUCCUUCGGGCUUUUGACAUCGCUAUAUUAUAAAAAAAAUAUAAAACAUUUUUUCCGUAUUGAUAUAUAGUUAUAUCAACACUCGUGGAAGUUGGGAAAACUCGAAAUUGUAUGAAAACACUCCGCCCUUCGGGCGUCGUGUUUCCAUGCAAUUUCUCGUUUUCCCAAUUCCACUCGUGUUGAUAUAACUGUAUAUCAACACGGAAAAUGUUUUAUAUUUGUUAAUUAACCAAUCAGAUGCGUUUGAUAUGUCCGAUUAACCAAUCAGAUGCGUUUGAUAUAUCCGAUUAACCAAUCAGAUGCGUUUGAUAUAUCCGAUUAACCAAUCAGAUGCGUUUGAUAUAUCCGAUUAACCAAUCAGAUGUGUUUGAUAUAUCCGAUUAACCAAUCAGAUGUGUUUGAUAUAUCCGAUUAACCAAUCAGAUGUGUUUGAUAUAUCCGAUUAACCAAUCAGAUGUGUUUGAUAUAUCCGAUUAACCAAUCAGAUGCGUUUGAUAUAUCCGAUUAACCAAUCAGAUGCGUUUGAUAUAUCCAAUUAACCAAUCAGAUGCGUUUGAUAUAUCCAAUUAACCAAUCAGAUGCAUAGGAAGCCAGUGAGAGGUUGCGGUAGUGGAAGUCAAUUCUGAACCUCUCUAAUUGAAUGGGUGAUUCCGGCUAUAGACUAAACUUUGAUCAAGGCAAGAAGAACGAAACCCAAAACCAUACAGCUAGAACGAGCGUCUUCGAAUGAGUGAAACUGCAAAGAUUGGUUGCUAAAUGUUGUAAAACGAAGAAAAUAUAGCCCUGUGAAGUUCGCAAAUUUUGUAUAUAUUUGUAUUACCCGCGGUAAAAAUAAGCACUUUCGGCUCAAACAUUUUUCUCCCGCGCGUAAUGCAAAUUAUAUACAAAAUUUGCGAACUUCACAAGGCUAUAUUUUCCUCAUUUUACAACAAUGCGUAACCGAACUUUGCAAUUUUACUAAUUUUAAGAUGCUCUUUCCAGCUAUGGUAAUGAUUUCGUUCUUCUUGCCUAGAUCAAAAUUUCGUCUCUAGCUGGAAUUGCCUAUUAAAAGCCACAGAUUCGAUUUCUGCCAGAGGACCUAGUGUUGCACUUUUUGCAAGGGUUAGGUCUUAAAUUGUUUCUAUAUUAGACUUGAAGCGCGCCAUAGAAGGGUCUGGAAAGGACUUUGGAAACUCUAUUUCUAUAUAUGCUUACUUGGAUUAUCCACAAAACCCAGCAUUCACUUUGUAUUCUGUUUAAAUUCUCUUAUUUCUUUGUAUGAACAGAAAAAGAGGCGAAAUCAUCACAAAGUAUCGACAAAAAUUCUUCAGACUAUCCAGAAGUCACGAGGUAUUUUACACUCAAUUAAAGUUCUGUGUUUUUUUACCAAAUAAAUUGGUUGGAUUUCUCCCCGUUCAAACUUAGAAACAGCUCAGAUAUGCUUCUUUAUAUUUCUCAAGGGUCAACCAGCGACACACUUUAUAUCCAAAAAGUGGAUGACAAUGUUUUACACAUGCGCAGAACCAGGUAAAAAUACAGUUAAAUUGAUAUACAGCAGAGAGGAAUUGAUUGUUUUUAUGACGCAUCUAUAUGUUGGUGUCCUUUCCUUAUAGGUCCAAUUUCAAAUAACAGUUUUAUGUGCAAGCACGGAGGUGAGAUUUGACAUUUGUUCGUAUCAAUAUUUGCAAAUUAAGUUACUAAAAAAUAGGCAGUCAAGCUAUAAAUCUAACGUUAUAUUACCAUUGGGCGUGGAAAAAAGUCAGGGGUUUGAGGAAAAAAUGGCCCUAAAUGAGGAAAUGAAUUAAUGAAACUAAUGUUUGAAAUUUUCUUCCAACGACUCUCCACAAUUUUGUUUUUCUCCCUCUACGAAUCUCUACUGGAAAAUGCAAAAAAUAGCAUAACUAAAGUAUUAGCAGCUUAGCCUUCACUAAGCACUGUACUCCAAAUUAUCAAGUUUUUUUAGACCAGAUAGGGGAAGAAAAACACCCCAUGCUUGGCAUUAAUAUAUUUCUGUUUUUUUAGCAAUUGAUCCUGUAAAAGAUUCUUAUCUAAAUGAUCUGGUCACCCCACUGCCGCAAGUCUGUUGGGAUUUCUUGUUCAAAAAGUUUGGAGGUGGCCCUGAAGUAAAAACUUUAAAUGCCUGUCCCAUAUGCAAG